AUGAUCAAUUGUACAUUACUAAGUGUAUUUUUAUUGUUUAUGGGAACAUGUGGUAACACUUUAUGUAUUCUCGUAUUUUUGCGUGGAAAAUUUCGUCAUAGUAUUGUUACACCCUAUUUUAUUACUCUUUUAAUUGCCGAUUGUUUUUACUUAUGCUUUCGUGUUAUUAAAUUAUUCUAUUAUCAACAAACAUUAUUUAAACAAAUUCUUCAUAGUUCAUGCAAAGAUAAUAUUGUUACCAAGCUUUAUGGGAUAUUUACACAAAAGUUUUCAGAAAUUUUCAUACCAUUUGUACAUUUUGAAUUUUACAUACGAUUUUCUCUCAUUUUAAUGGCAUUUGUAUCGAUUCAACGUGCAUUUUACAUAUCGAAAUCAAUUACUCGAUUAAUUGUACCAGUUCGUGAUAAACGACAUUCUCCAUUAAUAUUAAUUUUGAUUUCAUUUAUUUUAGCUUAUUUUUUUGAAUUUUUUGGUUUAACCCUAUUUUGUUCGAAAUCUGCUAAUCGUAAAAUAGCGUAUGAAUGGUUUUUGUAUACAAUUCAUCAACUACCACAAAAUUCAACACAAUUGUUAUUGAAUAGUAUCAAUAAUAAGAAAGAUUUAAUGUGUGUAGAACAAUAUAUCCAGUCGAAUGAGACAACUUCAGUGUGUACAAAACAACAACUCAUGGAAAUAUUAAGUAAGUUGUUACAAUUGACUCAUAAUGUAGUUAUAUAA